AUGUGCGUGGGGAAGUGCAGCCGGAUCGUGGGGCCCUGCAUGCUGGUGCUGGGCACGCUCUCCAUGGCAGCCAGCAUCCUCCUGCUGUUCCCCGGCGGAGCAUCCGAGCCCCUGCGGCGGGGACACAUCGGCCGCCACGCCCGCGCCCUGCCGGGGCUCUGGGGCGGCGGCGUCGCCGUGCUGCUGGCAGCGACACACGUCACGGCGCUGGGCUGGCAGCGCUCCGGCUGCUCCGGCCGCCACAGCGCUUUCCUGUCCGUGGUGCUCUCCAAGCUGGCGCUGCUGGGCGCCGCCGCCUGCUUCGUGCUCUGCGGGGUGGGGCUGAGCACCGGCCCCCUCUGCCGCUACAACAGCACCGGGCUGGGCCCCGGGCACACCGCCCUCUGGGGAUACCCCUUCCUGGAUGCCACUGACCCCGGGCCUGAUGCCAGGGCUGAGAACUACCUGUACAACCGGAGCACCUGGAGCACCUGCCUGGAGCCCGAGGGCAUCGUCCCCUGGCACGUGGUGCUGUUCUCGCUCCUGCUGCUCAUCAGCGCCGCCGAGAUGGUGCUGGCCCUGCUCCAGAUCCUCAACGGCUGCCUCGGCUGCCUCUGCGGCUCCUGCGACGGCAAGUAG